AUGGAACACUCCUCCUGUGAGAUGUGGGAUUUCAGCAUACCUAGAGGUCUCCUUGAUGACUACAUCUUCAGGAACUGCUCCCAACUUCAGCUCCUGAUAGACAAGGUCAAGGAAUUGGAGCUGGAUCUGGAUGCACUCAGGACCAUCCGGGAGGCUGAUAACCUCAUAGUAUCGCAGGGUUCAGCAGAUUCUUAUACAAGUAGGCCAUCGGAUUCUGACGUUUCCCUAGAGGAAGAUCGAGAUGGGAUUCGGCGUGAGUCCGAGCAGCAAGCAGCCGUGCAACUUGAACGAGCCAAAACAAAACCUGUUGCAUUCGCAGUCAGAACAAAUGUCACUUACUGUGGCGCCCUGGAUGAAGACGUGCCAGUGCCAGGAACUGCCAUCUCCUUUGAUACCAAAGACUUCCUACAUAUUAAAGAAAAGUACAACAAUGACUGGUGGAUAGGACGACUGGUGAAAGAAGGGUGUGAAAUUGGAUUCAUUCCAAGCCCCCUCAAACUUGAGAACAUCCGAUUACAACGGGAACAGAAAUCACGACAGGGUCGUUUUUACAGCGGGAAGUCCAGCGGGAACUCUUCAUCCAGCCUCGGUGAUAUGGUGUCUGGUACGUGGCGCUCUCCCUCCCCUUCUUCAGCUGAGCAAAAUCAUCUGCCAUGGUUCAAGAAGACUGAACACAUUCCUCCUUAUGAUGUGGUACCAUCCAUGAGGCCAGUUGUGUUGGUGGGCCCUUCAUUGAAAGGUUAUGAGGUGACAGACAUGAUGCAGAAAGCACUCUUUGAUUUCCUGAAGCAUCGGUUUGAUGGAAGGAUAUCAAUUACACGGGUGACAGCAGAUAUAUCCCUAGCCAAACGAUCGGUUCUAAAUAAUCCCAGCAAGAGGACGAUAAUGGAGCGGUCCAAUACACGGUCAAGUAUAGCUGAAGUGCAGAGUGAAAUUGAGAGGAUCUUUGAGCUGGCCAGAACAUUGCAGUUGGUUGUUUUAGAUGCGGACACCAUUAAUCAUCCUGCACAACUCAUCAAGACCUCACUUGCACCGAUCAUCGUUCACGUUAAAGUUUCUUCUCCCAAGGUGCUGCAGAGGUUGAUAAAGUCCAGGGGAAAGUCACAGAGUAAAAACCUCAAUGUCCAGUUGGUGGCAGCAGAUAAACUGGCACAGUGUCCUCCAGACAUGUUUGAUGUCAUCCUGGAUGAAAACCAGUUGGAGGACGCAUGUGAGCAUUUGGCAGACUAUCUUGAAACGUACUGGCGUGCGACACACACCCCCAGCAGUGCACCUCUGAAUCCAUUACUGGGCCGGAACUUAGGUAGUACUGCACUGUCAACAUAUCCUUCAGCUAUCUCUGGGUUACAGGGGCAGCGGAUGAGCAACAGCAAUCACUCUGGUGAACACAUCCCCGUUGAACGAACGCGCUUGGUCCACUCUGAUGAAAAUGGCCACAGUGAGAGGGCACGGAAGAACAGGAAUCGCUUGUCUUCAGGUUCCCAGCACAGCCGAGGCCAAUACCCACUGAUGGAAGAAGAGUAUUCUGAUCCUUACCAGGACACAUACAAAUCACGAAGGAGUCACGGAUCACCUGGAGGCCACAGCCAUGAUUCUCAGCACAGGCUAUGA